AUAUAAUAGAGAGAAUGAGCGAUUAGGGUUUACGUAACUGACUCGCUUGUGAUUCCUUGCAAUGGAUAAGGAUAUCCAUUCCGCUUCCUUCGGUGUUACCCGACCUUCCUCUGAAAGCUUGCAAGAAAGAGGUAAGUGGCUCAGAUCGGAAUCGGAUUUUGAACCCAAUUUGGAAUCGAAAUGGGAAGUUGAACCGAAAUCGGAACCACGGGAAUGGUAUCAUGUUUUGAAUUCCAAACAACUUAAAAAGCUUAAGAUGAGUGAUUUCUCUAUGUAUGACGAUGAUCCUAAGCCUUUCAUGUUUAUGUGCCGACGCUUUGUGUAUAAGAAUAAGGCUCAGAUCAUUAAGGAUCAGCAAAUUAAAGUCGCCAUGGAUGAUUAUAGAGAACGCUCUCGCAACCUAAGUGUUUUCGAUGCUAUCAGCGUCCCAAAAAUAUCAGAUAAAUGUGGUGGUACAGGACCCGUUGAUUUAACCGAAGAUCUUCGUCUUCGUCUUACUCCCCUUUGCAAGCUUGCUUUAAAUAAAUACAAUGCUGACAAGGAUACACAUUUUGUGUUUGCUAAUAUUGUCAAGACUACUUGGUCCCCUGGUGCUAUAUAUUACAUUACCUUUCAAGCACAAGAUUCUUCCACCUCUCUUACAACUUUUCAGACCCAUGUCCUGAAUCAGAGGCCCGCGCCUGAGGUCAUAUCCUGUGCCAUUAAAACCUAACACACUCACCUCACCAUGGAAAUCAUGUCUACUGCAUCUACCUCCUGCGAAUGCAAUUUGGUUAUGUUAAAAACUUGGUGGUGAAAGCAAACCUGGACAGACUUCUUAUUCUAGUUUUUGACCCGUGCAUGACACUGGUUUUAUUGUGAGUAAAUUACAAAACAGAGAGACAUGCGACAUUCUUCACUUCAAUUUUUAGUUAUUAACCCAAACUUACUAUUGUGGAAGCAAAUAUCAAAGAAAAACAAAUUGAAAUAUUUUGGGAUUUUAACCUCUCAUGUUUCUUGUGUUAUUUUA